AGGGGGGUUUCUAAGGAGAAAAUGGCGACCAGCUGGCCUGUUUCGGUGCGACUCCAGACCCUGAUUCGGGUCGGGGGCCGCGGCCCGCUGUCUGCCUCUUGCCGUUACAAUGCCGCGGCGGCGGGCGCACCGCCGGCGACCCCUCCUCCGCAGACGAAGACGAAAUUCGGCCCGCUGAAGGACGAGGACCGCAUCUUCCAGAACCUGUACGGUCGCCACGACUGGCGUUUGAAGGGCGCCAUGAGCCGCGGGGACUGGUACAAGACCAAGGAGAUCGUGCUCAAGGGACCCGACUGGAUCAUCGACGAGAUCAAGAAGAGCGGUCUACGGGGCCGGGGAGGCGCCGGAUUCCCAUCGGGUUUAAAGUGGAGUUUCAUGAACAAGCCCUCGGACGGCAGGCCAAAGUACCUGGUAGUCAACGCCGAUGAAGGUGAGCCGGGGACGUGCAAGGACAGGGAGAUCAUGCGGCACGACCCGCACACACUCGUGGAAGGCUGCCUCAUCGCCGGCCGUGCCAUGGGCGCCUGCGCCGCCUACAUCUACAUCCGCGGCGAGUUCUACAACGAGGCGUCCAACCUGCAGAUUGCCAUCCGGGAGGCGUACCAGGCCGGCCUGAUUGGCAAGAACGCUUGUGGCUCUGGCUACGACUUUGACGUGUUCGUGCACCGCGGUGCGGGAGCAUACAUCUGUGGGGAGGAGACGGCACUAAUCGAGUCUAUUGAAGGCAAGCAGGGCAAACCGAGACUGAAGCCGCCAUUCCCGGCUGACGUGGGCGUGUUCGGCUGCCCCACGACCGUGACCAACGUUGAGACGGUGGCCGUGUCGCCGACCAUCUGCCGGCGGGGUGGCGAGUGGUUUGCCUCCUUCGGCCGCACGCGGAACAGCGGCACCAAGCUGUUCAACAUCUCGGGGCACGUGAACACUCCGUGCACCGUUGAGGAGGAGAUGUCGAUCCCGCUGAAGGAACUGAUCGAGCGGCACGCGGGUGGUGUCAUCGGCGGCUGGGACAACCUUCUUGGCAUCAUCCCGGGCGGCUCGUCGACGCCGGUCAUCCCGAAGAGCGUCUGUGACGACGUGCUCAUGGACUUCGACGCACUAGUCGCCGCGCAGACGGGUCUCGGCACCGCGGCCGUGAUCGUGAUGAACCGACAGACGGACAUCAUUCGCGCCAUCGCGCGCCUCAUCGAGUUCUACAAGCACGAGAGCUGCGGCCAGUGCACACCGUGCCGCGAGGGGGUCACCUGGCUCAACAAGAUCAUGCCGCGGUUCGUAAGCGGCGACGCCCGCGUCGAGGAGAUCGACAUGAUCUACGAGCUCAGCAAGCAGAUUGAGGGUCACACCAUCUGCGCCCUGGGAGACGGCGCAGCCUGGCCUGUGCAGGGCCUCAUCAGGCAUUUCAGGCCAGUCAUCGAGGAGCGAAUCCAACAGUUCAAGGGCAAGUCGCGUGCUACGUCGUAGCGCUGAUGCCGUUGUGCCGGCCGGCUUUUCCUCUGUAGUUGUUGAAAUAAAUUAAGGUAUAAGUGA